AUGACUCAGCGUAUCCUGGUGACAGGAGGAAAUGCAGGAAUUGGUUUUGCUUUGUGCAAGCAGCUGACCUAUGACCACGGCUGUCACGUCUACCUGGGCUCCCGAUCUAUGGAGAAGGGCACGGCAGCUGCGAAGACCAUUAUGGACGGCCUGCCGGCCUCGUGUAAAGGCACAUGUGAAGUCGUUCAGCUGGACACCUCUUCGGAUGCUUCUGUAGCCUCUGCUGUAGCUGCCGUUAAGGGCAGUCUGGAAGUGGAGGGCUCGCAGCUGUAUGCGGUUGUCAACAAUGCUGGUACUGGACUCAAUCACGGUGUUGGGCCAGAAGAGGUGUUGAACACCAACCUCUUCGGGCCCAAGAGAGUGGUGGAAGGCUUUCUGCCUCUUCUGGACAAGUCCGGACGUAUUGUGAACAUGGGGUCUGGUGCUGGGCCGAUGUAUGUGGCCAAGUGCUCUCCUGAUGUGAAAAAGAUGCUUUGUAGCCCCGAGAUCACUUGGGAACAGAUCUUGGAACAUUCCAAGUCUGGGCUGGGCUCUGCAGCUGAUGGCAUGGGCGGAUAUGGCCUUUCCAAGGCCCUGCUCCACUGCUACACCAUGUUGCUUGCCAAGCAACAUCCAGAUCUUGUAGUGAGCUGCUGCAGUCCAGGCUUCAUCGACACAGCGAUGACCAAAGGCUUUGGUGCCUCCAAGACUCCGGAGGAGGGCACCGUGUCAGCGAGACAUUGCCUGUUUCAAAAGCUGGAUGGGAAUGGAUGGUACUAUGGUUCUGACGCCGUGCGAUCUCCGCUCCACUUUAUGCGAAAUCCAGGUGAGCCUCCCUACAAUGGUGAGCCAGUCUGA